UAGAUGGCAGCAUGCCCUGUAUUAUUUUCUUCGACACUACACGGCCUAUUACGGACACAAGGCAUUGUAUGAUGUUCAUUUAGAUUAUGUGAACUGCACAACCUGACCACACCUAAACGACUAGAACGAGCAGCAUACAGCAAGCAAUAUUGCAAUUAGAAAAUUACUCGUAAAGUUUAAACAUUACAUUUUUAAGGAAUGUCUUCGUUAGCUGUGUCCCCAAAGAGAAGGCGAGAUGUUACGAAAAGUAAAUUUAAGGUUAUGGGAAAUCAUAAAGAAUUUCUCUCUCGCAUAAAGAAGACGUUGUAUUAUGGAGAACUUCCGAUCACAGAGAGGUUCAGCCUUCCAGUUUCGGAACUGGCGGCAGAGCUCUUUUCAGAGGUUAAGAGUAGACACAGCCUGGAACGUUUGGAUUUGGAAGAAGCCGCUGCCAUGUCUAGAAGUGUUUGUGUCUCCCCAUGCUCACUAGUACUUGCAUUAUUGUACUUGGAGCGUCUCAAGACCUGUAACCCUGAUUAUUUACAACGGGUUGCACCUUCAGAACUAUUUUUAGUGUCAAUGAUGGUUGCCAGUAAAUUUUUACAUGAUGAUGGAGAACCAGAUGAGGUAUUCAAUGAUGAAUGGGCUGCAUCAGCAGGACUCAGUGUGAAGGAUAUAAAUCACUUUGAAAGGGACUUCCUGCAAGCUAUUGAAUGGGAAGUAUUUGUCAGUGAGCAAGCAUUUUGGACAAAACUUCAUAGGAUGGAGAAAGACAUCGCCUUGAAGGAGGGUAAACGUAGGGGCUGGUUCUCAUAUACGGACCUUGAAAACCUUUUGGAUACUGUAGACUUGGCUGCACUAGCACGGGCUGUUUUAACUGUCUCUGCCGUUUGUCUGACAAGCUACACAGCCAGCGUGUUGACACUGAUUGGUUCGGCAUUCAUAGUGAGUCAGAUUCCGGGAACUACUAUAAGUACAAGUAUAUCAUCUUCCACAAAUGACUUACCAUCAUCUUCUGUCCAGGAAACCCCAAUCAUCAAUCUGAUAGACCAGACACAAUCUCGGACCAUUCCGCCAGUCAACGUUUUAACUACGAGCUUCAUCUUGGCGUCACUUGGUUCCUGCCCUUCAGUAAAUGACUCUGACUCCUCUUCUUGUUUGCUGUGUAGUCAUGACAGAUUGACUUCUCUUUUCUGUGAACAGUACCUAGUGCACAGAAGUGAUGAUAUAUCAUAUAGACGUGGCAGUGCUGUGUGGAGUGAAUUGGUUUCAGGGUGGAUGAAAUAUGUAAACUGGCAGUUGAAAGUCAUGGACAUUCACUUCAAAUUUAUGCUUCUCUUCAUAUUACCAAGGUUAGAUCCAGAGAACCUGCACUUGGACAUAAGAAAUACAAGUUUGAUGAUAAUGCAAACAGGUCAGGCGCACAUUCUCGACAGGUGAUGAGGGGAAGAAUGAGACUGUAGAGGGACACAGCAGUGGAUCACAGAAAUGAAGCACUGGCUGGACCAGACAGUCAUAAAUAAGUUCAUAAACCAAGCCCUUGUAAAAAUGGCACAUGUAAAGGUUUUUGGGUACUUAGUGAAUUUGCAAUAUUUUAACAAGAUCAUGCAGUUGUUAAAAAAUAUUCAUUAUAGGAACUUUACAGUAGCUUAUGCAUAUCUGUUAAAUAUCCCAUUGUUGUCUUUCAGAAAGGACUCAAUCAAAAGAAUGAUCAAAUGUGAGACGUCCUUCAAUUAUGGUGCUCAAUAGGUAUUUUCAGUAACUAUUUUCAGGUGUAUAAAAUGUAAUUAUUGUGUAAAAUUCUGAAUAAAAUUACAUUUGUUUGUCUGUUA